UUGUGUGGGAUAUAUUGCCUCACUGCCACCUCUGUCAAACUGAAAAUGAAAGUAUGACCCAAGUUUAUAUAACACAAAGGCAUGGAAGGAGAGAAAGAACAGUGAGAAAGUACGUGGAAGAGGAAGAGAUGCUGGCUCUGAGUUAUAAUCUCCAGUGAACUCUUUUAUUCUUGGAUUGUCUCUGUUGUUCUGUGUUCUGGAACUGGGACCACUCCAAACAGACGAAAGAUGCAGCAAUUGGGAGGGGAGGAGUGUCUGGUCCCUCGGCCUCGUGGGAGUUUACCCAAAGCCUGUGCGAUAGGAUUGGCUUCUGUGGUGACGGCGGCCAUCUUGGUUUUGGAGCCUGAGGGCUUCUUCAGACAUGUUUCCACAGCAAUACUCAUCCUGACUGUGGGGCCCUUGCUGCACGGAGUGUUUCUUCUCUCAGAGGAAUGUCUUCAUCAUGCAACUACCAGGUACCGUGGUCGGAGGCUGGGUCAGAUGGUGACAGCCUGUGUGGGUGUAUGUACCCUCCUGGGUGUGGGGUUGGCAGUGCUGCUGUUUGUCUUGACCAAGCCCCAGCCCUGGAGGGACCAGUGGAGCAUGGUUAUCCUGGCCUGUGUCCUCUACCCUCUACUCAAAACCCUGGGAGUACUGGGGCCGUCUGAGGUGGAGGUGUCAGAGAUCUGUGAGACGAAGAAGAUGAACGUGGCUCAUGGCCUGGCUUGGUCUUUCCACCUGGGCUACCUCAACCUGGUUCUGCCUCGGUUGGAGGGUUCUAUCACAGCGUUCCGUGCUUCACAUAAUGCAGGUCCGUUUGAGACCAGGGGUUCCAGAAAGCUCCUCAUUCUCCUCCCUCUCAACGCAAACAUUACUCACACGCUGGAGGACGAGGAUACAAACAUCCAUUUCCAUGACAACCUCCCUGACACGGAGAUCGACAGGGCAGGUGUCAGGGGGCGUGUCUACAAGCACAGUGUCUACACCGUAUUGGACAAGGACAGACAGGCCCAUCACUGUGUUGUGGAGUAUGCCACCCCUCUGCUGACCCUGUAUAAGAUGUCUCAGGAGAGCAGUGCAGGGUUUGGGGAGAGAGACAGGAGAGAGCAGGUGCUGCUGUUCUACAGGACUCUACAGGACAUACUGGACCGCUCAGUGGAGUGCAGGAACCGCUACCGACUCAUCCUGCUCAACGAUGAACAUGAGGAUGACCCUCACUACCUGUCCAACGCCAUUCUGAAGAACCUGGAUCAGCAGGAGAAAGAAGAGUUCUAUGUUCCCCCUUUCAUCCCUCAGCCUGAGGUGGACCACCCAUCCCAUGCCCUGCCCAUCAUAGACGACUGGCACCGAGCUGAGCCAAUGAGCAGGGUGCCUACGAUCAUGAUCAGUCAUGACAUGCCACGUACGCUCAGGGAACCGGUUGAGAAUUCAGAAGACCUUUCUCCAUGAGACAGGUCUAGAGAGAUAAACAAAAUAAAUUGCACUUAUGCACAACAGCAGCAGCACUAAACCAGACUGCAAGGUAGGAAGCAGUCAAAGCCAUCUCAAAGUGGAGCAACAAGGCCUUGCCUUCCCCUUCACCCCGCCACUCAUGGCUUAACAUACAGUGCAUUUGGAAAGUAUUCAGGCCCCUUGACUUUUUCCACAUUCUGUUACGUUAGUCUUAUUCUAAAAUUGAUUAAAUUGUUUUUCUUCCUCAAUCUACACACAAUACCCCAUAAUGACAAAGCAAAAACAGAUUUUGUAGAUUUUUUUAGCAAAUGUAUAAAAUGUAUCAAAAUAAAUAUAACAUUUACAUAAGUAUUCAGACCCUUUACUCGGCACUUUGUUGAAGCACCUUUG